AUGGCACCACGUCAGAUCUCAGUCUCGGAAAUCUCGUCGCACGACAAAGACACCGACUGUUGGAUAGUCGUCGACGGCCAAGUAUGGGAUAUCACGAAAUUCGCCCCCGAACACCCCGGCGGCCCAGGCAUCAUAUACAAGUAUGCCGGCCGAGACGCCACACAGGCAUACAAUGAAACACACUCCCCGGCGAUCAUCAAGAACAACCUCCCAGCAGACGCUCUCAAGGGCAUCCUCGACCGAUCGACCGUCACGGCGGAAUGGCCAACCCCGUCAGCACAGGCGGAGCCGGCUGAAUCGAAAGCUGCCUCGUCAUCAUCAGAGAAACCACCCUUGGAAUCACUGAUCAACGCACACGACUUCGAGCUCGCGGCGCGCAACAGCGCCACCGCAAAGACGUGGGCCUUUUACUCGUCGGCGGCCAACGACCUGAUAACGCGCGACCUCAACGCGCGGCUGUUCCACAAGGUCCUGUUCCGGCCGCGAGUGAUGCGCCGCGUCGACAAAAUCAGCACCGCGACCUCCAUCCUCGGCCACCCGGUGUCCUUCCCCCUGAUGAUCGCCCCCGCCGCCAUGGCCCGCCUCAUCCACCCAGACGGGGAGCUCGCGCUGGCCCGCGCCGCCCAGUCACGCCGCAUCCUGCAGUGCAUAUCCAACAACGCGAGCUACUCGGCGUCGGAGAUCGUGUCGCAGCCCGAAGUGGCCGACCACCCGUUCCUCUUCCAACUGUACGUCAACCGCGAGCGGGCGAAAUCCGAGGCCCUCCUGCGCCGGAUCCACGCGCACGCCAACAUCCGCGGCAUCGUCGUGACGACCGACGCGGCCGCCGCGGGCAAGCGCGAGGCCGACGAGCGCGUCAAGGCCGACGAGUCGAUCCGCAACCCGAUGAUGACGUCGUCGGCCAAGAACGACAAAAGGGGCGGCGGCUACGGCCGCCUGAUGGCCAGCUUCAUCGACCCGGACCUCAACUGGGACGACGUCGCGUGGCUGCGCGGGCAGACGACCCUCCCGCUCGUGCUCAAGGGCAUCAUGGCCGCCGACGACGUCAAGCUCGCGCUCGACCACGGCCUCGACGGCGUCGUGCUUUCCAACCACGGCGGGCGGAACCUCGACACCUCGCCGCCCGCGCUGCUCGUGCUCCUGGAGCUGCACGCCCGCUUUCCCGAGAUCUUCAGCCGUCACCACCCCUCCUCGCCUGCCGUCAAGGCCGGGCGGGCUCGGCCGUUCUCCAUCUUCGUUGACGGGGGCAUCCGUCGCGGCACGGAUAUCCUGAAGCUCGUGUGUCUGGGCGCUGUGGCCGCGGGGAUUGGGCGGCCCGCGCUGUUCGCCACGGGCUACGGCCAGGAGGGCGUCGAGUCGCUGAUUGACAUUCUGAAGGACGAGUUCGAGGUCGCCAUGAGGAACGUCGGCAUCACGGCCGUGGGGGACUGUCGGCCCGAGUAUGUCAAUUCCGGGGCGAUCGAUAAGUGGGUGGUGAGCACGAGGGAGCAUCCUUACGCUGUUGCGUGGGCCGACGCUGAGCCUGCAAUCCCGAGGAGGGGGAGUAAACUGUAG